GAUAUUAAAAUUAUCUGAAAAAAAAAAAAAACCUUCUAAAUUCGAGUGGCGGUACCAGUCUAGAAGAGCUGACAUCGCGGAGACAGCCGCCCAGUAUCUAUUACCCCAGGAGACCCAUGCUCUCCCUCUCAAAGCGACUCCACACUCUAACCCAAUGCCUCCGUUCCACCACCCACCAACUCCGCUUCGCUAGAACCGACGGCGCUUCCUCCAAGCGGCGGUCCAAGGCCCCAGGAUUCGCGUUCAAGAAAACGGAAGAUAAAUCCGAGUGGUGGAUCGUGGACGGCGAGAUGCACGAGAUUGGUGAUCACGUUCCCCCGCGUGAGCGCUUCGUCAUCCCCAGAGAUAACAUUCCAAACAAGCGUCGAAAGCAGCUCAGGGAACAGUUCAUGCGCCGCACUCGCCUCGUUAUUAAGGAAUCGGAGCAUGAGCCAUGGUGCAAAAGGUACAUGGAAUUGUAUAAUGAACUUAGAGAGAACUGGGAGAGGUUGUAUUGGGAUGAGGGUUACUCAAAAAAAAUUGCUAAAGAUCAUGCCAAUUACGACUCUGCCGAGGAUGAUGAUCAAGAUUUUAAUCCUUACAGGAGCAGGCGACCCCGUGCUGAUCUGAUGAAGGACCAAGGCCUUGGGAGGAAUAGGCAAGGUGAUACCUUGGAGAAGGUUAAUCAAAUUCGGGAUAAGUUUGAAUAUGACAGAGAGAAAAGAAUGAGAGAGAAAGCAUUUGCACCAAUGAAUGGCGGAACAUCCUUGAACAGCUAUGAUACAAACUCCAGGAGCCAGCCAUUUGACACUCAGAGAUACUUUUCUGAUAAUGAUUAACAGUAUUAUGAAAUAAAUAGAAACAGGAGAACUAACACGAGAGCAUUUUAAGCAUUUUGCAAAGAAAAGAAUCUUUUUUAUUUCACUAUGCCCCAUUUACCAUUGUUGUCAACAAUGUUAUGGUGCUUCAAAUCCUGGCUAUCCUCUGAGCAGUCCUUGCUUGUCAAACGAGGAUGCAAAGGGUUUCAAAUGCAUUUAUAUAGGAAGGUAAGCAAUAUGGAUGUUAGCUCAUAAUUUUGUAUGAGAUUUUCUCCUUGGACAAAUUGUACAUGUGAUGUAGUUCUUUCAUUCGAUGGGCUGAAAUCUCACUUUUAUGAUGCUGAGAUGAUCCACCAGAAAGAUUGUAAAUCGAGUGCCAAAUUGAGACUUCGAUUUGAUUAUGUAUUGCAAUGUGUAUUUGAAGAGGCUUAAUUCCAACAAAUGGGCCGGGCCAAUAUGUCUAGAUCUCACUUUCCCCCUGUA